AUGGACGAAGAAGCAAGAAAAAAACAUUGCAAUCUUUUAAUGUUCGAUAUUCCCCUUCAGAAUUCACCGAAUAUUUCUAAUGGCCAAAGAAUAAUGAUCGAUUAUACUACUUCUUUGGAGAAUAGUAAUAUCCGAGAAAAAAGUACUUCUUUCGUUAAUCCAUCACCAUCAAUUCGACCCCUUUCGCAUAAUGAUUUUGUGGAUGAAACCUUUAAGCAAACUUUAUCAUCGCAAAAAAAACAUAUACCAAGACCACCGAAUGCAUUCAUUCUCUAUCGCCGUGCUAAGCAGCCAGAGGUUACAACAGAGCUGGGACAUAUUUCAAACUCUGAAAUCUCUCGAAUUUUGGCCAAUAAAUGGAAAAAUGAACCAGAAGUGGUGAAAUUAGAUUGGCAAAAACAAGCGGACCGUAUGAAAAUGGAGCAUGCACAAGCUAAUCCUGGUUACGUAUAUUGUCCGAAGAAAUCCCCAUUCAAAAAGACAAGCAGAAAAGGAAAUCGAAAUACCAAGAAAACACGUCAAUCUUUGUCGCCUUGUGCGGCUUCAAAUCUUGUUAACUCUUCUUCCUUCAUCAAUAACGGGGAGAUCAUUGAUAAAGUUGUCAAUAGUAGCGAAGGAGACCUUACUUUCUUAUCAACUUCGAAUAAUUAUCAUCCUUCAUUUUUUUAUCAAGAUCCAUCCACACAUUUAUCCUCUCCAUCUUCAACCGAUUCUUUAACUGAGAAUGAUCAUCAACAAUCAACCAUUACUCAUAACGAUGAGUUAUUUUUACAUAGCGACAGUGAUAUGAAUACUCUGGAUGACUUUGAACUGUACCUUUUACAGAAUUUGCAUUCCCAAGAUGUGAAUAAUUUAUCUCACAUGCAAAUUCAGCAAACAACACAAUAUAAUAUUCUCCACCACUUAUAA